CAAAUACUAUUCUUGAACUGGACUCUAUUCAAGGAACGAACAGCUCCUUCCAAAAGUGGUGUCGUGGCACGAGUUUUCGUGACUUCCGUGAAUCCUAACACUAGUAGAUUGUGGUGAAAUAAUUUAGUGAUAACAUUUUCCUUUUGUUUUGUGCAAGUGGUGAAAUUGUUCAACUGUGUAUUGGUGCGUGUCGUGCCCCUUUUUCAGUUGUUUUUAUUUGCUGAGUGUUCUGAUUUGUUGCUUUUGACAGUUCGCUUGUCGAGUGGUGCGCCACGAGAGAGUUUUGCUAACCGCAUUGGAUCCGCAUUCUCUUCUUUAGCUCGAUGUGUUUGUUUUAUUAACCAAUCUAAUGUAUGAAAUGCGAUUGGUGAGAGAGUGAUAGUUUGCGUAUCUCACCUCGCCGCCACGAACCCAUAUCAUUUACCGUGUGCUGGUGCCUCGUUCUCUGACCGUCACCGUUCAUCCAUUCCGUCCAUUCCGUCGAUUGCGGUGUUCGAAGCCAGCUCGUCGAAGCGCUUUAACCUUUCUGACAUUGAAACAGCUCGCGUUUGGCAAAACGCUCACUUCUCUCUGUGAAUCGGUCGCGGCCAGCAGCAAAUUAAUUCUUAUUCCGACUAAAACGGAAGUUAUUUCAUUACUUUUCUGGCGAGUCUUUGCUGGCGGAUCGGGAACGGAUGGUUCUGCUGUUGUGAAGUUUCCUAAACGUUGUUAAAACUCGUGUGGUUCUUUCCUCUCUGAAUAAUUUCGUUUUAAUCGGGCAACGUAAGUGGACGGCGGUGGCCACAAAGGAAAAUUAGCAGUUAUCGAAAGAUGGCCAAAGACGAGGAAGACGACCUGCUGCCGGAUAAAGAUGCGGCCAAAGGAUUCUACGCCAAGUAUGAGCCGAAGGAAAUUCUGGGCAGAGGCAUCAGUUCGACCGUGCGGCGCUGCAUCGAGAAGGAAACGGGCAAGGAGUUUGCGGCCAAAAUCAUCGAUCUCGGUGCGAUCGAUUCCGGAGAUUCCAAUCACAUGCUGGAAGCCACACGGCAGGAGAUCCAAAUCCUCCGGCAAGUCAUGGGCCACAAAUAUAUCAUUGAGCUGCAGGAUGUGUUCGAAUCAGACGCAUUCAUCUUUCUGGUGUUUGAGCUGUGCCGACAGGGUGAACUGUUUGACUAUCUGACCUCGGUGGUCACCCUAUCCGAAAAGAAGUCCCGCUAUAUUAUGAGACAAAUUUUCGAAGGCGUCGAUUACAUUCACUCCAAAAAUAUUGUGCAUCGUGAUCUUAAACCGGAAAAUAUUCUUUUGGACGACAGUUUGAACGUGAAGAUAACUGAUUUCGGUUUUGCUCGAAGGCUGAAGGACGGCGAAAAGUUGUUCGAUCUUUGCGGCACGCCUGGUUACUUAGCCCCGGAGACUCUCAAAUGUAACAUGUUCGAAGAUGCACCCGGCUACUCAAAGGAAGUAGACAUUUGGGCGUGUGGCGUUAUUAUGUUCACACUGUUGGUCGGUUGUCCACCGUUCUGGCAUCGGAAGCAAAUGGUCAUGCUGCGGAACAUCAUGGAGGGCAAAUACAGUUUCACCUCACCCGAGUGGGCUGACAUUUCAGGUGAGUUUUCGAUGAUCGUUAUUUGUUCAUAGUAUCGUGGUUUCAAU